CCGCAUCGCGCAUAGUGACGACCUUGCCUUACUUGACCUCCCUCUCACCGUCUUUCAACUGCACCUCGAAUCUUUCAAGCCCGAACUCAGCCCUUGAUCCCAUACCAAGAUGUCUACCGCCGCCCGCCGCCGUUUGAUGCGCGACUUUAAGCGCAUGCAAACAGACCCUCCCGCUGGUGUCUCUGCAUCUCCCAUAGCCGACAAUGUCAUGACCUGGAACGCAGUAAUAAUCGGCCCCGCAGACACACCCUUCGAAGAUGGGACCUUCCGCCUCGUCAUGCACUUUGAGGAAGCAUACCCAAACAAGCCGCCGAGCGUGAAGUUCAUCAGCACCAUGUUCCACCCCAACGUAUACGGUACCGGAGAGCUGUGUCUUGAUAUCUUGCAGAACCGGUGGUCGCCAACCUACGACGUCGCCGCGGUCCUUACGAGCAUUCAGAGCUUGCUGAACGACCCCAACACUUCCUCGCCCGCCAAUGUCGAAGCAUCAAACCUGUACAAGGAGAACCGCAAGGAGUACACCAAGCGCGUCCGUGAGACUGUCGAGAAGAGCUGGGACGACUGAUGUGGAUAACGGUUAUGACGAAAUAUGGCAUGAUUCUGGCAUAAACAUGGCGUUAUUGGUCUGCAUGGUGUUCAGCUAUACCAUUCACGUUGGGAGUACAGGCGUUUCGGUACAUUUUGCUCUCUCAGCGAUGCGUCGCAGGUCCCUCAUCCGCAAUGUACAGUAGUCUUCUUUACUAUAAUGAAGUGAAUGUCUUACCGCUGC